UAAUGAGAAGCUCCCAAAUUCUGUACUUAAAGGGCUCGACAACUUUGGGGAGCUCAUCAGAGACAGUGAGCAGUUUAAGCUUGACUUGCUCAGAACGAGACAGAGGAAGAGGAUUGGGCCAGCUGAUUGGAACUCCUCUAAGGCGGAGAAAAACAGACUGUGAGUGGUGUGGUAAAAAACAUGGCGCCCCAGCUCAAGACACCACCACACCCCCCCAAGGUGCUUCAUGGAGACCUUAACAGUCUGAGCGCUGGAGUCAGAGAAUUCAUCGAGGAGAGUGUGCAGGUGUGUUGUCCAGACGCCAUCCACAUCUGCGAUGGGAGCAGCCAGGAGAACAAGGAGAUCCUGGCCAUGAUGGAGGAAGAGGGCAUUAUCAAACGUCUGGUCAAGUACGAGAACUGCUGGCUGGCUCGCACAGACCCCAGGGACGUAGCCCGUGUGGAGUCUAAAACCGUCAUCAUUACUCCUGAACAGAGGGACACCAUCCCCACCCCAAAGCUGGGAACCAGCCUGCUGGGACGCUGGCUGUCAGAGAAGGAGUUUGACAAGGCUUUCAAUGCACGUUUCCCAGAGUGUAUGAAAGGCCGUACAAUGUACGUGAUUCCGUUCAGCAUGGGACCUAUUGGAUCUCCUCUGUCCAAGAUUGGCAUCCAGCUCACAGACUCCCCCUACGUGGUGACCAGCUCCAGGAUCAUGACCCGCAUGGGAUCAGAUGUGCUGAAGGUUCUGGGCAACGAGCAGUUUGUGAAAUGCCUUCAUUCAGUCGGAUGUCCUUUGCCACUAAAGAAGCCUUUGGUCAAUAACUGGGCAUGUAACCCAGAGCUGACAUUGGUGGCUCACAUCCCACAACGCAGGGAGAUCAUCUCCUUCGGGAGCGGUUACGGAGGGAACUCGCUGCUGGGGAAGAAAUGCUUCGCUCUGCGGAUCGCCUCCAAGAUAGGCCAGGAAGAGGGCUGGCUGGCCGAGCACAUGCUGAUCCUGGGAGUCACCAAUCCCGAGGGCCAGAAGAAGUACAUGGCGGCAGCGUUCCCCAGCGCUUGUGGCAAAACCAACAUGGCCAUGAUGAGCCCGACGUUACCGGGCUGGAAGGUGGAGUGUGUGGGAGAUGACAUUGCAUGGAUGAAAUUCGACAAGCAAGGUAACCUGAGAGCAAUCAACCCUGAAAAUGGCUUCUUUGGUGUGGCUCCUGGAACAUCAUUCAAAACCAACCCAAACGCCAUGAACACCAUCAGCAGAAACACCAUUUUCACCAAUGUAGCAGAGACCAGUGAUGGGGGGGUUUACUGGGAGGGCAUGGACCAAGCGCCACCUCCCGGGGUCACCAUCACUUCGUGGAAAAACAAAGAGUGGUCGUCGAACUAUGGAGAACCAUGUGCACACCCCAAUUCCAGGUUCUGCUGUCCAGCCAAGCAGUGUCCCAUCAUAGACCCCGCCUGGGAGUCCCCUGAAGGAGUUCCUAUUGAAGCGAUCAUCUUUGGUGGAAGGCGACCUAAAGGUGUCCCUCUGGUGUACGAAGCCUUUAACUGGCAGCACGGGGUCUUCAUCGGAGCUGCCAUGAGGUCAGAGGCGACAGCGGCUGCUGAGCACAAAGGGAAGGUCAUCAUGCACGAUCCGUUUGCCAUGAGGCCUUUCUUCGGCUAUAACUUUGGCAAGUACCUGACGCACUGGCUCAGGAUCCAGCACCAUCCCAGCGCCAAACUACCCAAGAUCUUCCACGUCAACUGGUUCCGCAAGGACAAGCAAGGCAACUUCCUGUGGCCAGGCUAUGGGGAGAAUUGCCGAGUGCUGGAGUGGAUGUGCAGGAGAAUCAAUGGCGAGGACUGUGCCACGCCAUCUCCCAUCGGCCUCAUUCCUGGAGAUAAAGCGCUCAACAUCAAGGGCCUCGACAACAUUAACUUGACCGAGCUGUUCAGCGUGGAGAAAGAGUUCUGGGAAGAGGAAGUGAAAGCCAUCAAGAAGUUUUUUGAGGAACAAGUCAACGAAGACCUUCCCAGGGAUGUAGCCAAUCAGCUGGUGCAGUUAGAGCAGAAGAUAAGGCGAUUGUAACAGAUACUUGACAGAACUAGCAAGAGAGUUGGUUUUGGUGGUUUUGAUAGACAACUGAGUGUAAUUUUGUGAUGUUGAUUAAUGCCGUAAGUGUUCAAUUUAACACGAUCUGUAUGAUUCUGUUGACUUCAGAUAUGCGGGGGCAUUCUAUACGCACACAGGAUGCAUCCAAUCCAUGUUCAAAUAAGGGUGGUUCAUAUCACACAAGAGCACACUUCACUGUUUAUUUAUUUUGGUGGUGAUGGUCGAGAAAGUAAACCAGUAGGAAAUAGCUCAGGAGAUAUGUGCAUUAACAAGCUGCUUAUUACCAGCAUAGUCCAGAAAGUACGUAUUUAGUAACAGAUCAUGUUCUUACCUCUGGUCUGAGGCUCUGUAAAAUGGACACAUUAAAUCCAGCGAUGGCUAACAUACACUAAACUUUAAAGAUAUAUCUUGAGGAAAAGCACUGCAGGUCCAGAUUUGGACCCACUUCCACUGUUUGUUCACUAUCUGAUUUUCGAGGUUAAUAAGCACAAUGUUGUCUAUCACGCUAUCGGCUGCUCUUGAGAAGGUUAGUUUAUUGAGAAUUUUAAUCUUGAUUAUCAGGCCAUUAUAAGAGCUGUUUGGGAAGUUUAGGAUUAGCUGCACCUUUCCAGUUAGAAUCACAAGUGUAAAAAAUGCUCUACAAACUGCAUUUUUCCACAGGGAUUUCUGGACAUUUUGAUGCAUUGUACCUUCUUAUUCCUGCUAAAGAUUUUUAAAUGCCAGUGAGUGCUGGAGAGUACAUGAACAAGGACAGCUUAGGCUUCCAGUGAAGGUCUGCUAUACCUGCAGCAGUGGGAAAUGUUUACAAUACGUUUUUACAAUGAAAAAAUACUGUUAGUUUUAGUUAGAUGAAAAUUGUUAAUUUUUAACACGAGGUGCGGUGAGCACUACAGUGGUUGUUUUGUGCAUCGAAUGCUUCACUAUCCAAACACAACAAAAAUCUGAAUUAUCUUAAAGAAGCAAAGGAGGCAUUAAUCUUUUACAAUCAGGUGCUACUUUUCUACCGCAAACUCCAUUGUAUGUGUGGUUUACCUCAACCCCACAUAUGUUUUAACAGCAAAAUUUAUACUUUAUAUAGAAAAUAAUAAAAUGUUUUCUCAUUUUUACUCCUUGA